AUGUUAGUACCUCCCCCGGCCCCAUUUCCUGGUCCCUCCCUCCUCUUCCUCCUGACCGCUACUUUCAGGUGCCAGGAGCAGGCCCAGGCCACCGACUGGAGGUCUACCCUGCAGGCCAACCGGAAGGGUGUUCACAAGAUAGACAACUGCCUGAAUGCAGUCUUGGACCUCCUGGGAGGAGAGGACUGGCUCUGCCAGUGUAAAUGCAGUGCUGGAUCUAAGCCUUUCCCACGUUGUGAUGAAAAACCAUCCCCACCGACGGGAUGUGGCUCUUCACCGUUUGGCGUUCAUCUGAACAUUGGCAUCUCUUCCCUGACGAAGUGCUGCAAACAACGCGACAGGGGCUACGGGACGUGUGGCAAAAGCAAAAAGGACUGUGAUGACGAGUACCAGUGUUGUCCCUCCAAGAUCUGCCAAGAUUUGCGUAAAACGCUAGGACCAGCUCAGCAUGUAAGUGAAACCACAGUGGAGCUCUUUCUUGACAGUGUUAUACAUUUAGGCAGUAAAUCAUAA